GGUCUUUAAAACUUGGACAGGACAGCAUUCCAUCUGAGGGACAUUUACUUCUGCUCAGAAUUGGAUUAUUUUCACCUGUUCUGAAUAAUUUUAAUAUAUGCCCUAAUCAUCGUGAAAAACUCGGUGUAAAAUGGAAAAGACACAGUGUGAAGUGUUCAUAUCCAGACCAUUCUCUGAAUCUCACAAUGGAAAGAUGGAACGGCCAGUGACACCACAAAUGUCUAGAUUCCUCCUUGGGCACAAAGGAGAGUUAGUGCCUGUUGGAUCAGGCAUUUGUCGGAGAUGUAGAUUUGAAUUGUACAAGGAGAUGGAAAAUUCGAACAAGAUUGAGAAUGAAUUACCACCAAAGUGUACACAUCCAGAUGUAUUGACACCAAUAAUGAUUUAGGACACUAAGGAAGUUAAUGUAGAUAUGGAAGAAAAAGAUGAAAUUUGGAAAACUGAUGAUCACCUGGAGAUAUUUUCUGAUGAAGAUUCAGUGGGUCUUCUUGGUUCUCAACCAUCAUCACAAUCCUCAUCUUGGAGUGAAGAAAAUAACAACACCCUAGAUAUUUUCAAUAAAGCUGUAACUUUGCUUGGACAUGGGAAGAUGAGCCCACUUAAAUUCAAAGUACAUCAGAGGCUGUACAGCCUUAAGCCCUCCACUAAAAGAUUGCUUAAGAGAAAAGCCACAGAAGCAGUCAAUUUAGUUCUUGAGAGUAUAGCUCCAGGACAGGGAAAUGAAUUGUUAAAGCUCAUUCACGAGCCAGAGCAGCAGCAAGAAACAAGCUCUAGCAAACUUUAUCAACUUGUUGUUAAACUGUACAGUGAAAGCACAGACAAGGAUGUUAAGAAACGACUGUUGUCCAUGAUUGCUUGCUCUCAUACAAAAAAACAGCUUCAGCAGAUCAUUCCCUCAGUCACCAUGCAUGCUAUAAAUGAGGCAAGGAAACAUGCUGUUGAACAUUCUGAAGGUGCUGAGGUUCCUAAACAGAAACCAGUAUUUCAUAAGAAAAUUGAUCUCAUGAAAUUGGACCAUGCACUGGAUUUUAUCUUCAAUCCAGCAUUUCAUCAGGUUUCCUCUGUUGGUACUAAAGAGAUGAAACUAGAGGAUGGCAGCAUUGUGUCCAUUCCAGAGGUGGUCAGAACAGUCUAGCUGGCACUCAACUCUGAUCAAACUCUAUCUGGCAUAUUGUGAGGAGACAGAGUUUAUUCCUCUGUCUAGGUCUACAUUGUUCCAUAUUCUUCGAGUUUGUCCCGCUUCAAGGCGCACAAAUCUGAAGGGUCUGGACAAUAUAACAGUAGAUGGAGAGAGCUCAUAUGAUGUGCUUCUAUCAGUAGUUGCAGAUGUGGAAAAGUACAUAACAGAUGGAUUAUUGCUAAUGGAACUGAAGGAAUGCAAAGAAUCCUUGGCAUCUAGUAGAAUUUAUAUGAAAACAGAUUUUAAAAUGCAUUUGAAACAGGUAUUUAAUUGCAAUGUAUUAAAAUAAUAUGUUUUAUUGCUGUCAUAUUCAAUAUGACUGUUACACUUUAUCAAUGUAAAAUUAAGUGGCAAGUUUAAAUGGGACUUUUUUAAAUAAAAUAUAAUAUCAGAUUUGAUCCAUUUUUGUUAUUCAUAAUGGACUUGCUUUACUGAGGUAAUUUGAUUUAAAUCAAUUAUUUUUUCUCUUUCAAUGCAGACUGACCACUGCAGUGAUCUUUAUUACAGUACACUGAAAUGUUUAUAAUGACAUCAAGCUUUAGAAGUCAAACCAGUUCAACUACUCUUACAGUUUUAAUUAAUGCAAUUCAAACAUUAAGGAAAUCUUUCAAAUACAUGACUAACCACUGCAUGUUUUAAUUAUAGGACCUAGCAGAAUUAGAAAUUAUAUCUGAUUUUGUUUUGAAAUCUGGAUCAGUUGGGCACAUUCAAAACCCCAAAGAAAGCAAUGAUGUUGUUGAUUCUUCAGAUGAUCAUGCUUUUAAUUGUCUUGAAGCAGAAUGUACCCAGAUCUUUACAAGAUACAGCGACAUGCAAAACCAUUGCUUAAUCGGCAAUCACACUUACCAGCUCCAAGCAAGGUCAUCUUAUGAUGAUAUAAAAAUGAGAUGGAUGGAUGCAUGUUGUACACUAUCAGAAGAUACUCUGAAAUACUCUAAAACCGGAGAAGGGGUCACUGAGCAAGUGUGUGUGCAGUCUGAUAUGGGUUGGGCUUUGAAAAAACAGAGAAAAAGUGCUAGAUUCUCAGAUGACUUGAAAUCAUAUCUUAGUGAUAUAUUCUUGCAAGGAGAGAGUAGUGGAGCAAAGGUACACCCAUCAGUUGUCACUAAAAACAUGAGAGUUGCUAAAAAUGAAAAUGGAGAAAAAAGAUUCAGUGCAAACCAAUAUUUGGCUGUUGGUCAAAUCUCAUCUUUUUUUUCAAGACUUUCUGCAUUGAAAAAAACAUCCUCCACAGAUAUCAGUGAUGAUGAUUUGGAUGCAGUUCUUUUGAACAUUGCUAAGGCCGAAACAGCUGCAGAAUUUCAGUAGGAUGGACAUAAUUGACUGAGAUAGAAACAUUACUUAUUUUGUGACAAGGACUGAAAUUGUUUGAUACAUAGAUGUAUAUAACUUAUGCAAAGUGUUUUUACUGUGACAAUAUCUGUAGAUUUUAAAAGAAAGCUGGGUGGUUAACACAUUACUCAUCAGCUCUUAGUAACCUUUAAUUUUUAGAUAUGACGUGCUAAGCUAAAGAAAAUCAUUAAAUUUCAGCUGGUGAACGUCAGUAUUUUUUUAAUAUCUUUAUAAAGAGGUCUUCCCUUUAAGAAUACCAGUGAAUACUAUCUUACAAUGACCUCAACCAUCCAGCCCUGUUAAUUCAUUCUUGUUUUAUGAUAACAUGGUAUCAUUUCAAUUGAAUUGAUGUACAAGAUUGUGCGUAAUGGGAUGAGGGGUGAGCAAAACUCCAUCUUAACGAAUAAUCUACAUGAACAGUACAAUUAUUGUCUGAUAAUGAUUGCAUCGGUUGACCAAUACACCAUGUACAUGUAAAAUUAAUACAUAAUUGAUAAUUUGACCAAAAACCAUGCUGAUAUAUUGAACCCCAUGUAUUUUCAUAUGAAUAUCAUCCUCAUAGUUCCUACUUGCUGAAAUUCUCCUGAAGAACAAUUAAAUAUGGAAGCUCAAUUUAA